AUGAUUAUUGUCAAGGGCAAAUCAAUCCUUGAUUACUGGGCAACUGAUCUUCCUGACGAUUACUUUAUCAAUACUACAUCCUCGGGCUAUUCAACAGAUCUGACAGCUUUCCACUGGAUCCAGCACUUUGAGAAACAAACAAAGGCUCGUACGAAAGGAUUAUGGAGGCUCCUACUUCUCGACGGCCAUGGGUCUCAUGAUACGCGCGAAUUUUUAGAGUACUGUGAGCUCCAUCGUAUACUCGCAGUUGCGCUCCCCCCACAUACGACGCAUCUUUUGCAGCCACUAGAUGUGGGCUGCUUUCAGCCAUUGAAAUGGUAUCAUGGAAAGACGCUUGACUGGGCGGCGCGUACAGGCGCUAGAGAGAUCACAAAGGACGACUUUUUUGCUACUCUCGAUGAAAUAAGACGUCAGACGUUCACCUACAACACAAUACGAAGUGGCUGGCGACGUACAGGGCUAGCUCCAUGGGCUCCAGAAGUCGUCCUUGCCACCAUUAGACUUAUGGAGGUGCCCCGCGUGGAUCUACAGCCAGCAGAAGUCUACAGAGACAACGCUGGAGCUCCACAGGAUCUCCAGGACUGGAGGACUCCGCGUACGACACGCAUACUCAAUAAUCAGCUUACAGAGUUACAACAGCGUCUCUGGGAGGACUACGAUGUUGACGACGAUUUGCUCAGCGCCCUAGACACUACUUACAAAGGCGCCCUCGCAAUGGCCCAGGCUACUCAAGGACUUGCCAAAGCUCUACAACAAACAAAGGCUGCUGAGAUUGCUCGUGCAGAGCGUCGUGAGAGAGCUGUUCACAGACGUCGCCUAAACGAGGGAGGACCUUUAUACGCCAAAGACGCCAGACGAAUGGUGAUCGAAAGGGAGCAAGACGAGCUUAUGGAGAUACAAAGAAAGCUCCAAGAGCGCAAUCUUAAGUUUACAAAGCGCCUGAUUGCUGCGCUUAAGCUCUCUACAAUACGACGUCUUGGCCUCCGACAAUAUGAUAUCUCGUCAAUAAAAGAAAGUGCGCAGAGCUCCUGGUGUCUAAUUAAUAGUAGAUCUAUUGCGGAGAGGUGGCACAGAUCUAUCGUACACGAUCCGACAGGUGCUGCAUGGCUAGGGCUAGCAGCCCGACAGCCCUACGACCCAUAUACUAUAUACAUUGCCACACGCGACACGACAGCUCUUAAAGUACGUCAGCAGCAGGAGAAAGCUCAGGCGGAGGAGGUGGCUAUGUUUGAUACGCAACAGACAUCUGAGCAGGACGCUGAGAGCUCGGAGGAGAGCUCUGUUGACUAUUCAUCGCCACUGUCGCGCUUCUACAACGACGACUUACUCGACGAGCACCACUCCGAUAAGGUUAGAGACUUGUAA